AUGCACAGCGCCCCCUGCGGCGAGGAGGAGUCACUGCACCACACCGGUCUGCAGGACUGGAACCAGACUACUUAUGGGUCCAUCGCUCCGAAGGAUAAGGACGAAUCAGACAUGAUCCUUCCCAUAGUGCUUCAGCACCUCUGCCCGCCCUACAUCUCCUUCUUUGGUCUGGGGGCGGUGUCUGCUGCAGUCAUGUCAUCAGCUGACUCAUCCAUUCUCUCAGCUAGCUCUAUGUUUGCCAGGAACAUCUAUCAGCUCGCCUUUCGACAGUCGGCCUCAGAUAAUGAGAUUGUGUGGGUGAUGCGCCUCACCAUCUUUGUAUUCGGAGCUCUUGCCACUGCUAUGGCAUUAUUAACAGGAUCAGUGUAUGGCCUGUGGUACUUGAGCUCCGACUUGGUCUAUGUCAUCAUCUUUCCCCAACUUCUCAGUGUGUUAUUCAUCAAGGGCACCAACACCUAUGGCUCUGUGGCUGCCUAUAUCUUUGGUCUUGUGCUACGCAUUGGUGGAGGAGAGCCCUACCUCAAACUUCCUCCCUUCAUCUACUACCCCGGUUGGGUGAACCAGGAGAGGAUCCACCACCUCACUGGGGAUGUAGAGCACUUUGUCCAGCAGAGGUUCCCAUUCAAGUCUGUGUCCAUGGUGGCAUCCUUCUUGGCAAAUAUGGCCUUUUCUUACCUGACAAAGUACCUAUUUGAAAGUGGUAUGUUGUCACACAAGUAUGACUUCCUGGAUGCUGUGGUGUCCAAGCAUAGCAAGGAGAUCAUGGACAAAGCCACGCUGGUGAGCAACCAUGAUAACAUCAUUCUUUCAGAAAUGGCACCUGUCAAGCAGGCCCUGGGUGAGUCACUCGCUGGGACAUUCACCAACACGGAGAUCCUCAGUGAUGAUGGAGUGUCCAGUCCAGAGGCUUUUCUCAAUGAAAACUAGACAACAAAGGCACAAAGUCAACUAGAACCAAGGAAUUUGAAGAAGAAGGAAUAAUCAAGAGGCAUCGACAUUCUUCAGGAAACUUGCUACUGCCGCACUGGAAGCCAAAUCAACAGAAAUCUGCUGUGGCUUCUGAGUGACUCCACAAGUUUGUUUUAUG